UUUAUGCACGAUAACGCGAGGAUACACACGGCGCAGGUGGUUGCAAACUUCAUGGCAAAUCACGAGAUCCAACCUAUUGAAUGGCCACCGUACUCACCAGAUCUUAACCCAAUUAAACACCUUUGGUGGCAUCUCAAAAAGCUUCUCCAU